GGGUUGCCUGGAGACGACGGUCACGGAAACGUUUGGGAGCAGCGAUGGAGAAGUAUGAGAAAAUCAAAGUUGUCGGAAGAGGAGCUUUCGGUAUUGUUCACCUGUGCCGCAGGCGAGGUGACGGGGCCUUUGUCAUCCUGAAGGAAAUCCCAGUGGAGCAGAUGUCACGAGACGAACGUCUGUCGGCUCAGAACGAGUGUCAAGUCCUUAAACUGCUCAACCAUCCAAAUAUUAUAGAGUACUAUGAGAAUUUCCUAGAAGACAAAGCCCUCAUGAUAGCUAUGGAGUAUGCACCCGGUGGAACUCUGGCGGAUUACAUACAGAAGCGUUGUAACUCCCUGCUGGACGAGGACACUAUCCUUCACUUCUUUGUGCAGAUCUUACUUGCCCUGUACCACGUCCACAACAAACUGAUCUUGCACAGAGACCUUAAGACUCAGAAUAUUCUUCUUGACAAGCACCAGCUGAUCGUCAAAAUUGGUGACUUUGGUAUCUCCAAAAUCCUUGUCAGCAAGAGCAAAGCUUAUACGGUUGUUGGGACCCCAUGUUACAUCUCCCCAGAGUUGUGUGAAGGAAAGCCAUAUAACCAGAAGAGUGACAUCUGGGCCUUGGGCUGUGUGCUCUAUGAGCUAGCGAGCCUCAAGAGAGCCUUCGAGGCUGCGAAUCUACCCGCACUCGUUCUAAAGAUCAUGAGUGGAACAUUUGCUCCAAUUUCAGACCGGUACAGCCCAGAGCUGCGACAGCUCAUCCUCCACAUGCUCAAUCUGGAUCCAUCCAAACGGCCCCAGCUUAAUGAAAUAAUGGCUCUCCCUGUAUGCAUCAGGCCCCUGCUAAAUCUCUACACAGAUAUAGGCAACGUCAAAAUGCGCCGGAUUGAGAAACCGCUGUCUAGUAUGCACACUGGUCCUCAGGGUAGACAAGGAGGCAGAGUUCCUACCAACAGGUCCAGAGAUGGAUCAGUGGGUUUAGGAUCAGGGAAGGUUCAUUCUCUCUUGCUGUCGUCAGUGUACACGUGGGGAAGUGGAAUCUCAGCACCUCUCCGACUGCCGAUGCUCAACACCGAGGUGCUUCAAGUGUCUCUGGGCCGCACUCAGAGGAUGGGGGUGACCAAGUCUGGCCGUCUGAUUACAUGGGAGGCUCCAUCAGUGGGUUCUGGUGAGGCCGGUCUGCCCGGUGUGGUGGAGCAGAUGCAGCCUCAGUUCAUUUCACGUUUCCUUGAGGGUCAGUCUGGAGUCACCAUCAAGUCUGUGUCCUGUGGCGAUCUUUUUACCACCUGCAUGACAGACAGGGGCAUUAUUAUGACGUUUGGAAGUGGGAGCAACGGCUGUCUGGGACAUGGAAACUUCAAUGAUGUAACACAGCCAAAGAUAGUUGAGGCCCUCCUCGGCUACGAGCUGGUUCAGAUGUCCUGCGGUGCUUCCCACGUAGUCGCUGUGACCAAUGAAAGAGAAGUAUUUGCCUGGGGAAGAGGAGACAAUGGUCGCCUCGGGCUAGGUACCCAAGACUCCCACAACUGUCCACGGCAGGUGUGUUUACCUGUGGAAUUUGAGGCCCAGAGGGUGAUUUGUGGAGUCGACUGCUCAAUGAUUAUCAGCACCCAGUACGGCAUUGUGGCCUGUGGAAGCAACAGGUUCAAUAAGCUCGGGUUGGAUAUAAUAACAGCUGGAGAGGAACCAAAUCCCUCGGAUCAGUUGGAAGAAGUCAACUCUUACACUCAUGUCCAAUCAGCCCCACUCGACAGUGAGAAGAUUGUUCACAUUGACAUUGGGACAGCCCAUUCUGUUGCAGUCACAGAGAGGGGUGAGUGUUUUACGUUCGGCAGCAAUCAGCACGGUCAGAUGGGCUGCAGCUCCCGUCGCAGCAGCCGUGUUCCCUACCUGGUGCCCGGGCUGCAGGGCAUCACCAUGGCCGCCUGUGGAGACGCUUUCACAUUGGCUAUCGGAUCUGAUGGGGAAGUGUACACCUGGGGAAAGGGCGCCCGCGGCCGCCUCGGAAGAAAAGAGGAGGAUUCUGGGAUACCAAAGGCGGUGCAGCUUGACGAAAGUCACCCAUUCACGGUGACAUCGGUGGCUUGUUGUCAUGGCAACACCCUGCUGGCAGUGAAACCUUUGCUUGAGGAACCUGUCCAGAGAUGAUUUUGUCCUCAAAACAAAUCCACCCCCACUUAGCAGUCGUCCUGCAGUCUGGCAGGGGCCUGAGGUGAAGCUUCCUCUGAAUAUAACUCCUCCCAGAGGCCCAUCUGUGCUGCAGUUGAAAGAUUUCCUUUCACACUGCAGCUGCGGCCUCAGAUUCUCACUUGGUCUUCCUCUCCAUCAAGUUUUUUUCUCUCUUCUGUUUGUUUCGUUCAACAGUUUGAUAUUUUACAGAAAAGCACAAAAAAGCUGUGUGUAGCAGCAGGUAUGUCACAACAGGUUAGAUAAGAGAAAUGUUGCAACCCUGUCUGCUACUUAAUAUGGAUUACAGGAUGUCAUUAGGCAGCUUUCAUGUGGAGAGCUAUUGUCCUCUCUCACAUGCAGAGUUAGCAUGAUAAAGGCCAGAGAAAGUCAAACUGGUUUGAGCUUCCUUAAGCCACCUAUGAAGAGUGAAAGCCACUUCAGUGUCUUCAGUCGAGUGAACCAAACACAGUGACCUCGAUCACGCCGUCAGCGAUCACAUUGUAUUUUAUUGGAUUAGUCCUCCGGUACAUUUGUAACUCAAAGGCUGCGCUCAAACCAGAUAACGCUGUUGUGUUCAUCUUUAAAACUUAAUGUGCCGGAAAACAGUGCCUCGUUCACUACUCAGCAGGUGGCAGGGGUUGGUCACAAGUAAAGUCGUUUUUAAAAUAAAUUAUAGAAUCAAUCCAAUAUGGCAGGUUGUAUUGGGGAGUGUUAGCAGAAAGUCCUGGAGGAUAUGAUAUGUGAACAAAUAUAACGGAACAAACUAAAUCCCAAAUCUGCAGUGUCAACAGCAUCAAUGCUCUUAUUGAUGGAUUCUACCAUUUGUGUUCCAUUGUAGAAAUCCUGAGAGCACUACAGAGAGCAUACAACGCACACUUGGACACUCACAGAAUACUGUAUUAUGAAAACAAGUGCUCUAACAACCUCUAAAGACAUAAUUAUUGUCUGAUAAACACUAGCAAUCAACUAUGGAAGUAUAGAGUGUUGAGAGGAAGGUUUGCCAAAGACUAUCUUUUUAGUUUUUAGCUAUGUUAAUACAUUUAAAAUGAAAUGGUAUAUACUGUUUGACCUGUACUCAUAAGAUAACCUAAGACUGAAAGGUGGGGUAGGUCAUUUUGGAGAAACCAGCUCGAGUGCGCUAGAAUUUGAAAAUACACAGCCGGAAAAAAUCUGCCCCUUCCUUACAGAGCCCCUCCUCCAACACACACGAACGCGCACAUGACCAAUGAGGGCACGAGAUAAGUUUGUGCACAGAUGGAAGGCUGACAGGAAGGUAGGCCAUCCAGUUAUUUUAGCCGACCCGGCUCAGAUGAUUGGUUGUGCUUUUUACAGCGCUACGGCUUCCACAGAUGGAUUUUUUGCCAAAGCACUUCAGAUAUUCAUUGCUAUCGGGAUGUUAAGAGCAUUCCAUGGAAUAUAAUAAAAAGUGUAUCUCGAGCCGGUUUCUCAAACUUACCUAUCCCACCUGUAAGGAAAACUGCCGAAGCCAAUGUGGUGUAGAAGUACUCAGAUCUUAAUAGCAAUACCACAGUAUAUUCAUACUCUGUAACAAGUUCUUUACUCAAAAAUGUAAAGUAAAAGUACAUAUUAUAUAUAUUUUAUUAUGUUCAUCAUGAUUAGUGAUGCAUUAACUAUUGUGUAAGCAUCACUUGUUGCAGCAGGCAAAUGUGAGACUAAUUUUAUAUUUCUUGUAUUUAAAAAAUAAAUAAUUAUACCUUUUAAUCUGCUAAGCAACUGACCGUUAGAUACAUGAAGUGAAGUGAAAUGUACAAUGUUUGCCUCUGAAAUGUAGUGGAUUGAAUAUACAUGUACUUUAAAAUGGAAAUACUCAGGUAAAGUACCUCACAUUUGCACAAAGUAUUUGAGUGUACUUUUCCGUACCUAGAGUGGAAUGUUUGCAGGUACCAAUAAUAUAAGAAAGAAUGAUUCUCACCGGUGUCUGUGAAAUCCUGUAUCUGAAAUUACAUUUUGAAUAGAAAUUGAUGUAAAGCAUUUCAGAGAAGGUCAUAUUUAUUGUGGCUGCUAAUGGUUGUCUGAAAAAAAGAAAACAUACUUAUCAUGAAGGUUGCCCUAAAAAUAAAACAACUCAUACAUCACCAUCUUGAAAUGGUGAGUAUAAUUAAGUGAAUUAUUUUCAUCAUAAAACAGUUAAUCUAUA